CAUUCAACGAAUUUGUGUACACAAAAGCUGACAACAUGGCCGAAUCUUCGACACGAGUUCGGGAGCUCGAACAGUCUCUGUGUAAGCAGACCAAGAAGUCGGCCAUUGACCAAACCGAGCAGCCAUCCAGUGACCAGACAGCCAAUGACCCGACCAAGCAGCCAGCCAGUGACCAGACAGAGCACAUAGCCAGUGACCAGAUGACUUCAUUCAGGGAGCUUGAGCAGUCUCUGUGGAAUUGGACUGAGCAGUCAUCCAGCAACCAGUCAGAGCAGUCAGUCAGAAACCAGACAGAGCAUUCUGAUAGUGACCAACUCGAGCAGUUGGCGAGCAAGCAGACCAAGCAGUCAGCCAGUAACUAUGUCGAGAUGUUACCCAGUGAUGAAACUGUAAAGAAGUUCAAUGAUGUGACCAGACAACCACCAAGCUCCAAUACUGAACAGAUAAUCAGGAUUUGUGCUGGAGAUUACAUAUUGAUCAAACAUGGUAGAAGUUUUCUUCCUGGUGUAGUGGAUGAAUGGCCGUGGGUCAUAUUCUUCAAGAAAUAUAAAGAUAAUGCAUGGGUUAUGAAUGAAAUAAGGCAUACCAUCCUUGAAUCAGAUAUCCAGAGAAAGUUGGAACCACCUAAAGUGUCCAAGCUAGGUCGUCGGCUACUUUACAGAUUUGAAAGUUACAAGGAAGACAAGUGAAGCAGAGAGAGAGGGAGAAAUACCAUGUUUGCAGUUUAGAGUUUGCUGUUGUUUUAGUCUGUGAAAAUCUCAGAAUAAAUAAUAUGUUAAUUAC